AUAUAAACAAGGAGAGAUAUACCGUUACAGUGUUGCCAACAAACACCCUAAAGAUGACAAAAAUUAUUUAGAGAUAAAAUAAUAACCACCCUUCACCGGGCACCCAUAAAAUUGGCCUUAGCUCAUACAAAUUAUCAACAAAACCCUCUUCCAGGAUCCCUAGGGACGAAGAGAGAAUGGAGGAAUUAAGAAAAGUUCUUCUCGAUCUCCUCUCGAAGGUAUCCGGACUGUACUGUGUGCUAAUUACCGACCGCGAUGGAGUUCCGGUGUUGAAAGUACUGACCGAUAAGGCUCCCGAUCUGGCCACGAGACCGUCUUUCCUUUCGACGUUCGGACUGGCGAUCGAUCAAGGAAGCAAACUGGGGCUGGGUAAAGCGAAAACCUUAAUAUGCACGUACUCCCAGUAUCAGAUUAUUCAAAUAAAUAAACUUCCUUUAAUUAUAAGUUUUAUCGCCAGCGAUACGAGUAACACCGGCCACAUUUUAGGCUUGGAAAAAUACAUUGAUCCCUUACUUGUCAAUCUAACUUUAGCUGUAGCCGAUACUCAAUAAAUUUAUUGUACAAAUUGUAA